AUCCACCCAAACAAGGCAGAUAGACCUGUACCCCCGGUCCAAAAAAAUGAAACGCAUGUACAUGUAUGUUUUUUUCCAUUCAGUGAAUGAUAUUGCUAUUUUCCUGAGCAUAACUACUACUAUCCCUGUGUGAUGUAAGUUUACUUUCUGUAGAGUUUCAAUACACAUGUAUACACUUAACCUUUUAUUUUGAGUUGAUUUACUCUAAGAAACAGCUGAAUCUGUAAACAGUUUACAAAAUCAAAUGAACACAGCAAUGUUGGGUGUCUUGGGCUGCUGGACUGGUCGAAUCCUUCAAGUUGGCAUUUCGACCAGAUACAGGAGUUGUCUGAACAGGGCAAUUCUUGUCCUUUUUGAGCAUCGAUGACAUUGCAGCUUAGAAAAUUUUAAAAAUCUGAAUCUUUUGCGGGCCCGAUAUGAACUGAAGAGUCACGAUAAUUUGGAGGCAAGAAGGAAGAAUCUCAUUUUAAAAGAUGUUAGAGACUGUAUUCGCAGCGGAGAAACACAGGCUCAGCUGUCAGUCAGUCGCCACUGCGGUAAAUAGCCUCAGGGACGUACGUCGAUACUUUUGCCAGUUUUAAAGAAGUUGUCCUUACAGUCUAAACACUGGUUCGUUUCAGUUUAUGUACAGCAAAAAGCUGACGAUAUUUCCAAAAGCGCCCCAGUCAUCACAUAUUCGUCACACAGCAAGGCCACUGUGUCUCCAAAGACCUAUUAUGCGUGCUUCCACUUAUCAUGUCAGUGAGAUGAUUAUAGAGACAUUGGAAUUGUCCCAUGGAAGAUAAACGGCUGUUUGCACUCUCACCUAUGCACAGACGUUGACUGCCUAAAACCCUAACUUAAGCAUGACUUUGGGUUGCUGGCUCAAAAACUAUCUCCAAAUUUUGGGGGCACAUGAUGGGUGCUUCAAAUAGUUGAGGAGUUCUACUUACAUCCUUUUAGAAAUGACGACACAUGUACUGCUGAACCAGAAAUAAUCCAGGCUACAUUCGGCGGUUGGGGUAUUUUUCCCGUAAUGGUUGCCCACAUUCUUUUACUUCCACUCAAGGACAUUUUUGGUUCCCUCACUCCCUUGGCUUCCCCCAGAUAUGCUUCCGCAGGGGUAUAUAUAUAUUCGCUGUAAAAUAUCCACAACUUUUCCAGUGCACUUGGGUAUUAAGCAAUGAUGUGCAAUGCCCGGAGCCCAUUGGGGUUUAAGAGACAAUCUUCAAACAAGCAGUGCGCGUUUUUCUCCAAAGAAUUUCUGAGAGUUUUAAAUUGCCAAAGAAAAGGGAUGUCAAAUUUUGGCAAGGUUUACAGGGAAGUCAAGUCCAGGAAGAGGUCUCUGCAAAUGACACAUGGGCGUCAUCGGUUCAUGGGUGAAAAACUGAUUGCUUCCAUAACGAGGGUGUAAGCUACGAAUCGAGUUAUUUAUAAUGGCAAGAGAAGCACGAACAUAAUUUGCACUGUUAUUGGACGGAUUUUUCUUUCGAUGCAAACAAAAUUCAUGUUUCAUCUUAAGCCACUACAUUCUUCUAUAAUCUGUUCGUGCGACCUUAAAUAUUACAAAUGAGAUGUUUCGAAUGUGGUGAAUGUAACAGUCGUCAGUAUACGUUGGGUUUAAGACCGUGUUAACAUAAUUGUAGUGCAUACACGGACAACGUUAACAUUGAUUUUUGCCGAUGAUGCUUUCAUGAUUAUGUUCAACUGUUACCAAGGUUGACUGUUUUUUCAUUGUCGCAAUGCUUAUCAAACUCCCAUAUUUCUCUAAUCAGUAAUUCAUUCAUACUAACAUCGUCGUCGUCGCCAGAAAUAAUUGUUGUACGGUAACAAAAAUGGCCGUUUCCGCUAAUGUUUCGAUGACGCUGGAAGCGAGCGGUGGUCUAUCGGCAAGAGUAUCAGUUGUCGCCACGGUGUGUGCAUCUUUACUCGCUUCGGUCGUGAUCGCCGGCAAUCUCCUUGUCAUUGUCGCCUUUGUCAAGACAGAGAACUUGCGUAGCGUCACUAACAGUUUCCUGGUGUCACUCGCUUGUGCCGACCUGCUUGUCGGAGUUGUGGUCGUACCUUUUUACAUCAGCCUAAGCUUUGUCAACCGAGGUGAGUGGUACCUGGGACAGUGGUCUUGUUUUCUUUUUUACGCGAUGGACGUCAUGGCCUCCACUGCGUCCAUUUUGCACUUGUGCGUUGUCACAGCUGAUCGCUACAUGGCCAUCGUUUAUCCUCUAACAUACCCCGUGAGGAUGACCAGAAAGGUGGCUGGUGUGCUCAUGCUUUUGGCCUGGGGUCUGUCGCUAUGUGUGUCCUUCCCAUGGAUGUUCUACUGGAAAGCAGUUGUCGAGGAGUCACCCGGAUCUGGUGUCAGAUGUCCACCGCCUUCCCCGCCGCUUUACAGCCUUGUGUCAAUUACUGUUGCGUUUUUUGUCCCAGCUACAGUAAUAAUCGCUCUUUACGCAAGGAUGUGUCAAGUAGCUCGGCAGCAUAGCAGGAGUGUUCACAAAGGCAGGAUUCAAUGCGGGAACGAUAGGGGACAUCCUCAAGAAGCCAUGAGAAUACACCUAGGCCGUGCGCAGACUCAGACUGAACUAAACCGGGAGUACAGGGCAGCGAAGACAGUGGGGCUCGUAGUAGGGGCAUUCCUGGUUUGCUGGCUGCCUGUCUUUGCGGUCAUUCUCGUUAGCUCGUGGUGCGAGGAAGAGUUGAAGGAUAUCAGGAGCUACAUCAACUGGCUGGGUUUUAUUAACAGUGCCGUCAACCCGUUUAUCUAUGCAUUUGCCAUCUCGCAGUUCAGGGAGGCGUUCAAGAGACUUCUAUGCUUCGAGAGACGCAGGAGUGGAGCAAGAAACGGACAGAAUUUGAACUUCAGGCCUGGUAACAGGUUCUUUUCGGGACAGGCAUCUCCACCUUCGGCUACACCACCAACGGGAUACCAACUGAAACACAUAUACUUUUAAAUCAAAAAGUGGCCCAAGUUCAAUCAGUUCAAGCUGAUUUUUAAACUUUUCUUUGGAAAGGUUCACAUUAUGCUCGCAAUGACUGAACAGCACACCGUGAUUUGCUUACCCGAAGCAUGGAGAAAUUGCUUCCCCCAUGCACGAAGCAUGGUGCGCCCGACGGGCAAAAGAAUGUAAUUUCAGUGCAAACGUGUAAUGCAAGCUGACGAUUGUGAAAGGUUGGCGAUUAUCUGAAAUGUAGCCUUGGUCUUCUCUGCCUAGUGUAUGUCAUCGGUGAUCCAUGGUGCCUCCAUCGCAGCAUUACCCCCAUUGGUUUCACCUUAGACAUGAAUUAUUGUUAGUUGAUGUCGGUGGUUACGAAUUAUAACACGCACAAACAAUGUUUGCUACAAAAACAGACGAAGUCACUGUUGUGGGACGGGGAAAUGGUUCUGAACUUGGCCCUCAAGCAAACCUGCCGUAAAACAUUCUAUCACAAAAAGUUUCCAUUCCAUCCCUUGUGCGAAAUGAUAGCACCCACCAAAAGGAAAUCUGCAUUUCGAGGCUAGGUAGGCCUAUGAAAAGUGAAAGAUGUCAAAAACCGCAAAUACUAUAUGAAAUGAUAUGGUAUCUCUGGAAAAAUUGCAAGUCGUUAUUGGUGACAUCAAUAUUUACUAUUUUAUGAUGUUUCUUUAGAACUAUCAAAGAUAA